AUGACAGGGACUAGAGCUGGUUAUCAAAGCAAUAUUAAGAUUCACGAAUGUGGCAAAGCCUUUAACUGUAAUUCAAAUCUUAGUCGACAUCAAAGAAUUCAUACUGGAGAUAAACCCUACAAAUGUGAUGAAUGUGGCAAAGCCCUUAGCUGUCGUUCAAGCCUUACCCAACAUCAGAAAAUUCAUACUGCAGAGAAAUCCUACAAAUGUGGUGCAUGUGGCAUAUCCUUUAGCCAGUCAGGAAGUCUUAGAAAACAUCAGAGAAUUCAUACUGGAGAGAAACCCUACAAAUGUAAAGAAUGUGGAAGAGCCUUUCGCUCUAGUUCACACCUUACUCGACAUAAGAUAAUUCAUACUAGAGAGAAACCCUACAAAUGUGAGGAAUGUGGGAAAGCCUUUAACUGCCUUACUAAACACCAGAGAAUUCAUACUGGAGAGAAACCCUACAAAUGUGAAGAAUGUGGCUUAGCCUUUACCGACUCUUCAACGCUUAGAAAACAUCAGGACUUUACCACAAAUAAUUACCAGGAUAUUUAUGUUGAUGAGCGAAAUUAUCAAUGCAAUAAACCUGAAAAAACCUUGGACCCAGUCUCAUGCUCUAGAAAAUAUCAGAAAGCUCAAUAUUCAGAGAUCCAGUGUAACUGUAAAAAAUGUGAGAAAGUUUGUCAUCAAUGUUUAAAACUUAUUAACCCUGAGAAUAUCCAUAUUCAAGAGUAUUCCUACAAAUGUAAUGAAUAUGUAAAAGCUUUUACCCAGUCCGGGAAACUUUCUCAAAAUCAGGGCAUUCAUACUGGAGAAAACUCUUACAAGCAAAGUAAAUGUGAGAAAGUCUUCAGUCAGUCAUCCAAUCUAAGAAAAUAUAACAUAAUCCAUACUGAAGAAAACCUCUACAAAUGUAACGAAUGUGGCAAACCUUUUAUCCAGAGUUCACAGCUUAAACAUCAGAAAAUCUAUACUGAGGAGAAAUCCUACAAUUGUAAAGAAUGUGGCAAAGCCUUUACUCCAUUUUCAGUUCUUACACGACAUCAGAUAAUUCAUACUGGAGAAAAAUCCUACAAAUCUAAAGAAUGUGGCAACAUCUUUAACCAUAGUUCACACCUCACUCAACAUCAGAUAAUUAAUACUGGAGAGAAACCCUACAAAUUGCUCAGCUGUUCUUCACCUCUCCCUCAUAUUCCCUUAUGGGAACCUGAGCCAACAGGCCAGCCCUGUGCAGACCACAUUUACUACCUCACCUCUCACACUGAUCCUAACCUACAGCUUCAUGGCCACUAUCUCACCAACCAUACUGUCAAUGCAACUACUUCCUCUGCCUCAGGACAAUUCUUCUGGUGCAAUGGAAUUCUUGCCCGCUGCAUUGAUGCCUCCACACCAGGCCCUUGCUUUCCAGUCAUGAUAGUUCGCCAACUGACCCUUUACGGUGAGGCAGAGUUUAGAUGA